CUCCAUUAUCCCAAUCCGUUUUGUCUCUUGAUACUACUGAGCCAUCUCUUUUCAGUAGUCUGUGUGAUAGCCGUGUUGGAGAAGAACCGUGGGCGGAUAUUGAACUCGUCAGUCUCACAGGGCAUCGGGAGGCACGCAUACCUCGCUAUCGUCUUCGUGUCGAUCCGUGUACAGCCUUCUUAGGUUACAAACAUAAGGAUUUCUCGGGGGCCAGGCGAGCUACUCGGGGAUCCCGCGUCAGUCAGUCGGUCCCCAGGUCACCCUCUGAAUUGACCACUGUACCGGACACAGAUAGCAUCGCAGAGGACCACCUCAACGAGGACUGUGAAACGUCAGAUGACGAAACGUCAAGUUUGACUGUGGAACAAAUUGAACACACUCUGGACUAUUUUCUAUUGUGUGGUCUACGCGUCAGCCAGAUGGCUCGAACCUAUGAAGAUUUGGAAGCGAUUACACACUUGUUGGAAGAGAAACAAAAUGACCUUGAACUGGCAGCGAAAAUUGGCAAAAAUCUUUUGGACAAAAACAAUGAACUGGAACGACGACUUUCUGAUACCGAGAGGAGGCUCACCGCGUCCGAGGAUACAGUGAGUCAACUCCGGCAUAGUUUAUCGAUCAAGGACAGCCUACUUCAAAUUUACAGUCGUGAUCACGUGGACGAAUCAGGUGAUGAUGGCACCACCUCUUCUGGCUGGAUUAGUCCGCCAAACGGUAUUGAUCCGCGAUCCGACAGUGGAGCAGGAACCUUUUCCGUUUCUUCUGUCAACUUCAAUCAACUGAAUCGUAAGGUUCGUGAACUCGAGGAGGAGAAUUACAUCUUACGUGAGGAACGCAACCGUCUCACAAUGACGGCAGAUCAACUGGACGAACACGAAACUGCCCUGAUCCGCGACUGUGCUCGUCAACUCGUGUCGGCCAACAUGCAUAUCCGCACGCUGUCCGACGAACUCGCUAAGAAGUCAGAUGCAUUUCUGAACCAACAGUCCGAAGUGACACGGUUGCUUACCCGGGGACUUGAUUUGGAAAGCCGUGUCAAGCAGCUGGCAGCUGAAAACGAAAUGUUGGUCAAUCGCCUAAAGGAAUCUCAAGGCAAUCAGCAGCGAUUGGCUAACGAGCUGACCAGUCUGCGUGACAAGUAUGAUGAGUGCUUGUCUCUGUACAACGAGGCUCGGUCCGAAGUUCGGGCCCUUCGUAAACGAUCCCGUCGGGCCCACCUCCGAUCGGCUUAUUUAUCUUCCCCAAGUACGAUGACCAGUUAUUCUACGCCCCCGUAUUUGUUCUGCAUGGACUCAAACACCGUAUCCUGUUCGACCCACGCCCAGGCCAGUGAUGGGAGCAGCUCCUCGGUGGACACAACGACCAAUUGCACUGCAAACGACCUCAUUGGAGAAACUUCCCUGGCCACUGACUUAGCUCGAACGGCAGCGAACGAUUGUGCCAACUCCAAUGUUGAUCGAUUAUUUCGAGCGAUGGAUCAAGCUCGACACGUGCGCGAGGGGUGUGACGCUGCGUCGUCACGUGAUCAGCCUGCGCGACCGGACUACGCACAUGAUGACAACGUGUCUAGCAGCGGAUUCGUCAGCGGAUCUGAACCAUCAGAACUGGUCGCUCGUUCCUCUGGGUACCAAACCGGUGAUAAUCAGACAAGUACCCCGCGAAAUCAACGACCUCUAUCCCCACUUAAUGCGCGAUGCUGGUGUGGACACGACUCUUUGGAAGAACAAUUGAAGCGCCACAGCUGGUUGGGUUGUGAACCACGCAAGGGCUCGCUUCCGGAUGAACCGACGUUGUCAGCUGUUGGGACCCUGUAUCCUCGCAACAGUGAUGAAAACCUGUUGGCCGAAUCUCUUCUGUCUAGCGACCCGACGGUCGUUUAUGGGCAAUCGUACUCCCGUCUCCCUCGGCGACUGCAGUUGAUCAAACCCUUGGACGGAUCAGAAGUGCUUCAACAAUGGCAGCGUUUGGCCACACCGAGUUUCACAAACGCGCUUUUUGAAGCCCCGCUGCCUGGUGUACAAAGUCGUGCUGGUGUGCAUGCAGUCUCAGACGCAGUUAGUCUGGAACGACGGUUGGAGGCUUCUGGUCCAAACGGAUCCAGUCCAGCACUUGCCUGCUCGACUGAUAACAAAUCUUCGGCAUUGUCAUUUUCAUCAAAAAACUGUCCUCGUGCACCUCGACCCCCGAUCUCUACGCGUGAAUUGGCGCUGUUUCAGCGCCCUACCUUACCCAUUCCUCAAGCUCCCCAACCCCCGUUUUCUUGUGACCCCGGUAACUCUCAUGGUGCCGCAUAG